UCCUCUCCCGCAGUACAUUCGUGCACCCGGGGACGGCGCCGGCCGCGGGUCUCAGCCUCGCCGGUGGAGCGGGGGGUUGCGGGGGGGCUCCCGCUCCGCUCGCCGCCGCAGCAUCAGGGAGGCAGCGGGGUCAAACUUUGCAGGAACUCGCUCGCAGCCCCUCGGUGCCCCCGGGCGUGCCCGGACGAUGCCGCCCCGGCUGCCCGGGCAGGGUCCGCCGCAUCCCUUUGGCUCCGCCGGCCCCAGCGGCACCGGCUGCGGGUCCGGGGCCCCCCCGCGCCCCCCGCCGCCCUGUCCGCCCUCCUUCGCCCAGUGCCAUCCCUCCCCCUGUAUUUCGCUUUUAAACUGCAGCUGUUGAAGGCUAAACCUCCUUUGCAGAAAAAAAAAAAACAAGGCAGCAUUUCCUCCCACAUGUCCGUGAAUUGUGGGUAAUGUAGUUUUUUUUUGUUUUCUUUUAGAAACGCCUUUCCCUCCCCCCCCCCCCCCUUUAUUAUUAUUAUUAUUUUCUAAUUUGGUCACAGCGUAUAUUUUCUCUUGGGUUUUCAGAUUAAGAUUUUCCUUUACUGCCUGAAGAUUUGCAGGUAGGUUUGGUCCCAACCCAAGGGCUCCAAAGUAGGUGGUCUCCUUCUUUCCAGAGCCUGUAACCCCAGGCUGGAUGGGCUGUGGUUCCAGCAGUGAGAAAUGCACAGCAGCAGCGGGACUGAGGAGUAGCUGGGAACAGGGAGUAAGAAAAAUCUGAGGCAGCAGCAGCCUGUGGAAAGUUGUAAACUCCUAUUACAGAUGGUUUUGGGAGUACCACUGCUGGCUGGUCCUGCUGACCAUCUGAGGAUCUGACCACCAGGUGAGGUGCAUGCAUCCAGCUUUUCACAGAACAUGGCUCUCCUUUUUCGGUAAUAAGUGGUGGGUGUUGAAUGUUGGGUGAGAGUGUCCUCUGUCACUUGUUUCUAAAGAGGAAACUUGGGGAAAAGAGGUAAAAAUUGCUUUGCUGGUGCUGCUUGUGGUGCAGUACUGCAGCACAGGGCUGAGUAAAUGUCUUUUAGUUCUUCCCACCCCGCAGUCUCGGCAGGCUGGAUUAGCCCUCGGCGGGUAGGACAGACUGGAGCUACUGGGUGAUCCUGACAAGUGAAUGUCACAGAACAAGGAGAGGCAAAUUUACUCCUUUCCACCCACAGCAGCUGGAAAAAACCACAGUAUAUUGUUAUGUUUUUCUUCCGCACGCGCUUCUCAAAGCACUGGGGAAGUAUUUAUUUUAAACUUCACAGUCUCUGAGAAGGGCACAAUUACAGUCACUAGCCCUGUGACAGGGAGAAACACUAAGAACCUGCUCAAGUUACAGGCAGCUUACUACUGUGUAGUACAAGAAAGAAUGAAAUUAGCAUCUUCCGAAUGAAAUAUCCAGCAGCCUCCAGAAGGUGCUGAAAUCCUUUGACAUCUCCAAGACUCUUUCACACUUUUCAAACAAGCUUGUCACAGUUUCUCAGAGCAUCAUGGAUCUGGUGAAACUGCAUAUUCUGUGACUUUAAGUUUCACUCAAGCUCCAGCCAGGUCUUGCUUCAACUUGGCUGUCUCUGGUGUUCUGGUCAACUAGGAAAUUGCAUUAUCUCAUUCUAAUUAAAUCAGCUUUUCAUCUUCAGCUGGAAUUUUCGUUGGGUUUUGGUCCUGCCUGCCUCCAUCAGGCUGCUGUGAGUGAUUAAGGCAUUAGCACACCCCACCCUGGAGUGGCUGCCUUAAGCCAUGGGCAGAAGGGCUUCCUUGCCCGAGUGUGUGGUGCUCUCUGAUGGGAUUGCUGGAGAUGUGAGGCCAAGCUGUGGUCAGUAAGAAUUAGGAGUGUCUGGUGAUGCUGGGAGUUGUGUUUCCUUCUGCUGCCCAUUUGAUGCACCCAUCCAUGUCUCACAGUAGCAUGGCCAUGCUCUGUUCCUGUGGGGGUUCCCCCCCAGCAUCGUGACCUUCACAGUAUCUCCAUCUCCUUCCAGCAUGUCUUGUGGGUUUAUUAAAGGACAGGGUCUCCCUGCACUGUCUGAGCAGUGGCAAUAAAAGCCGCCCACCAGAGGCUGUGCUGGUGCUGCUGACGCACCACUGCGUGUGCUGUAAAUACUGCAGGGUAUUAUAUCUUAUUUUGGCCAAGCUUUCCUUUCUGUCCCUAGAAGAAUCCCACCCAGGAACACCGGGUUUGCUGGGAGCACUUUGGUUGCAAGUGCUGCUUCUUGGCCAGUUGCUGCUGGGGGCUGGGAUUCACCCGUGCUGCCAGUGAACUGCAGAGAAAGGGGUCGGAGCUGUCACUCUUGACCCACCCGCAUUCCAGCGUGGUUUGAGUGGCCCUGCUGGCCACUGACACUUUGUGUGGCCACAGCUGUGCAGGGAAUUGUGGCCAGCAGCCCCCCUCCCUGGGCCAGGGAGGGUGGGCAGGGUGGUGAGGAGCACAGGGUGAAGGGAGCACGCCGGAUUUGUCCGUCUGGGCAUUCUCCCAGGUGCUUGAUGAUCCCUGAGGAUCAUGUGUCAGGCCUGGAAUAGCCCCACCAGAGCAGGGAGCCUGUCUGCAGGUUUAGCAGGGAUAUUUAUAAACCCCUGGGUUUGUGGCUGUUUUGCGAGCAGCGCAGCAGGACGGGGCUUGUCAUGGCCCCAGUAGGGUCAGGGACAUUUCCUUCCCAAGCUCAGUUUCUUUGGCUGGGACUGGCAGUGACAGCCCACCUGGCUGCAGGAGAGACCAAACAGCUUUCCUUUCCCACUCCACUUUUGACAGGGGUUUGCUGGCACUGGGUCCAUCACGCACUGCCCUUCCUCCCCCGUGCCCUUCCUGCCAGGGACUCGUGCUGGGCUGUAAGGUUGGAGCCUCACAAGGUGGCUUGGGCAGAGAAAUUCCCUCAUAUCAGUGUCAGCAGAAGAGACAGGCACCAGAUUAAAUUCAUUCUCAGAGCUUUCAAGGUGUUUUUUACACGUGACAACUCCUGAGGAACAUGCUCGGUUGUAGCUCAGCAUCCCCAGCACCAGACUGGGCAGGAGUCUCCCUGUUUCUGCAGCCUCCUGGCCACCAGCACCUUUAGCCCUCUGCCCACUGAUGUUUGCAAAGAACCCUGCACGGAGCAGGAGAAUUGGGAGGGGGCAUCUAGGGAGGUGCUGGCUACAGGCAAGUGCAAGCAGUGAUGAUGACGGUUAUCUCCUCAGCUGGUGUCAGGUAGGCUGAGAUUUUCCACAUGCCUGGGAGCUGGGCAGUGGGAUGAGGGCAGGCAGAUAGGGACGGGGUGCUGACUGCCCUGAUAGUGUGAGAAUGUGGCUGCAGAGCCGGUGAUCAGACAGGAGCUGGUGGGUGUUGGUGAUGUGGCACCUUCUGUGCAAGCUCCAGGGCUGCCACAGCCCCACGUGGUACCUGAGCUUGAGCAGGGUUGUGUUUUAUGGGCUGGGUGGGGAUGCCUGAGGAGGGGAUGAGCUCUUCCUCCAACUGGGAUCAUAGAAUCACAGAAGGGUUUGGGUUAAGGUCUCCAUAGCAGAGGGGCUUCAGCCCUCAGAGCAUCUCCAGGGCCUCCUGUGGACUCAUUCCAACAGGUCCGUGCAUUUCCUGUGCUGGAGACCCCAGAACUCGACACAGUGCUGCGGGUAAGGUCUCACCAGGGUGGAGCAGAAGGGCAGCAUCACCUCCCUUAACUGGGAGUAGGUUGCUGGAGGGUAUGAUUCAGAGAUAAAUUGAUGUAUAUUAUUUUCCUUUGAGGGAGGAAAAUAUGAGGAAAACCCAGAAGUGAGGGACCUCAAGCACUUGCUUGUCCAGACAUUGCUGUUGCCACUGGACAGUCAGUUGGUCAGAUGGGCACAGCCUGGGUGCACAGUUCACUGAGAGGAUUUAGAGAACUAUGGAUAAAAAGCAUGAAGAAAAUGCAAAAUUUUUCUUAUUAUUUUCAGAAGCCAAGAACCACCUUUCCUUUAGCACUUAAGCUCCCCAGUGCAUUUUGGACUAGACUUUGAGAUGCCUGAGUGUCCAGUUCCCAGGAUUACUUGUGCAAACACCGAUCUCUGUAACUGGACUUCAGUGCAGGCAAAUGUCGCCAGCACCACGAGAUGUGGCUGUUCUGCUCCUCAGUGUAAUAUUCAUCUUCUCCAAUUCUCUAUCCACAGGGGAUUUCCAGCCUAUUUGCAGAGGAAUAAUCCUGUUCAUGGAGCGUGUGGGUGGUGUGGAGCUGUGACAGCCCAUUGCCCAGGGAAGCCCUUGAAGGGGAACCAGGAGAGCAGGAGCUCAGGAAGAAAGCAGAGCGGCCAGGCCGGGGCAGCCGGUGCCCAGAACACCAACCCCAAGGAGCGGAGGCAGUCGCAGCAGCUGCCUGAGGAGGAUUGCAUGCAGCUCAACCCCUCCUUCAAGGGAAUCGCCUUCAACUCGCUGCUGGCCAUCGAUAUCUGCAUGUCCAAGAGGCUGGGAGUGUGUGCCAACAGAGCCUCCUCCUGGGGUGGUGCCCGCUCCAUGAUCAACCUUCUGGGGAUAACGGGGCACGGGAUCCCCUGGAUUGCGGGUACGCUCAUCUGCCUGGUGAAGAGCAGCACGCUGGCAGGCCAAGAAGUCCUCAUGAACCUGCUGCUAGCCCUGCUGCUGGACAUCAUGAUUGUGGCUGGUUUGCAGAAGCUGGCCAAGCGGAAGGGCCCGUACGACAUCAACCCCGGCUUGUUGGACUACCUGACCAUGGACACCUACGCCUUCCCAGCCGGGCACGCCAGCCGGGUGGCCAUGCUCUCCAAGUUCUUCCUCAACCACCUGGUCUUGGCCAUCCCCCUCCGCAUCCUGCUGGUCCUCUGGGCCUUCUGUGUGGGGUUUUCCCGCGUCAUGAUCGGACGGCACCACAUCACGGAUGUCCUCUCCGGCUUUGUUUUUGGCUACCUGCAGUUCAGGCUGGUGGAGUUGAUAUGGAUGUCUUCCAACACGUGUCAGAUGUUGAUAUCCAUCUGGUGAACACGGGGGACUUGAAACGGCCUUUCCACUGGAAACUUGCAGAUACUCUGAGAGUCUCCCUCCCAGUAUUUUCUACGUGUUGUUUGUUGGAAGUAGUUGUAACUUCCAUGAGUAGUGGUGUUUUUUAAUGUUGCUUCCCCACCUUAGAAAAAAGAAAAAAAAGGUUUCUUGCAAUGGAUUGGGUUUUAGCAAUCGAGGGCCAUACCUGUGUUUUGGCCAUAUUCUCAAGCUGUGUUUGGACAGCUAGCUAAUUAAGCUUUAUGGGUGAGAGAAAUGAGCUCCAUGUCCGCCUACUUUAGGUGGUUCACACUGGCACCUUGGUAUGUCCUCAGGAUGGGCAGUGCCUGAGAGCUUCCUGAGAACACAUUCGUUAACUUUUUUGAGGCUAAAUGAUUUUGGCCACUGUGCUUUUUUCUCUUUUUGUAAGCCCAGCAGUUGUGUCUUGUACAGAGUCAGGACAGGCGAUGCUGGCACUUUACAGAUAAUAAAUAAUCAUAAAAAUCC